AGCACGGCAGAUGCGUCACAGCUGCCGUCCGGGGCAGUGGUCUCGCCCCGCGCUCCGCGCCCCCAACGACCCGCGCAAUCGCGGCUAACAGUUUUAUUUCCCCGAAUAAACUUUAUCAAACAAAGCGUGUAUGCCCCACGCCCUGCAUCUGCUCACCCAGCUGUUCCUACUGCAGCUGGCUGCUCCGUCUCGCUCUAACGCGUAUAGCUGCACACCGUCUAAUUGAGACGGACUACACCCGGUGUAAUCGCAUCGAGGCCCUUCAAUUCCCUGUGCACAGUCCAUUCGCAGUUUGAACCGCGACGCCGACGGGCAAACUGAUUAUGAAAAAUAAACGAGAUCGCGACGCGGAGGAUGCCGACCGGCGCGUGAGGCGACAACGGCGUCGGAAACGGUCACACAGUGAGCCUGCUAAUGAUCCUGACAAUGCUGAGAAGCGGCAAGCUUUGAAACGUCUUUUCGGACGGAUUUGUUCCGUGGAAGUUGAUAACCAACGAGAAUUAAACGAAGAAGGUCCAGAACAUAACUAUAGUGACUUUGGCAACGACAGCGAUGAAAACAAUGAUCCCUUGCUGGACUCUGUACCAGUGGAUAUGGACCCGGAGCUGCUUGGAUUUCUAGUGUGUGCCCAAGAGACGCUGAGAUUUUUGCACAUGCGUGGAGUACCGAUUCAGCACCCCGUAUUCGCGCGGCUGCGCUCACGCCUGCUGCGCGGCAUCGGUGAGAUGGCAGUGGCCUGAGCAUUGCUCGGCCCAGAGCCCUCAAGAACCUAAAAUCUUCGUACCUGACUUCUUCAAACAUGUGCAGUGACUUUCAAUGUUCAAAUGGUGUUUUUCUUUUGUGUAAAGUGUUCCCUGUUUUCAAAGAACUCCCGUACCUUUACUUCGGGCUCUGGCUACUUCUUAUGGUGGACUGCGUAAGGUUGAGUGUUGCGUGCCAAAGCAACAGGUGGCCCGUAGAGGCAAUCUAGUCACUAUCUAGUCAGUUUGUGAAAUAUAUUUGUUAAGCAAAUUGCUUUAUCGGUGUAAUAAAUGAUCAAAAUAAAUGUUUUGAAAUA